AUGCAGCACCGCUACGGCGCCAAGGACCGGCUCGAGUACCGCGAGGCCGACUGCCGCGACCUGCGCGCGUUCGACGAAUGCGCCUACGACCUCGUGCUCGACAAGGCGCUCUUCGACUGCGUGCUCUGCGGGUCGCAGAACCUGAGCGGCGUCGCGCUCAUGACGGCCGAGGCGUUCCGCGUGCUCAAGCCCGGCGGCGCCUACGUCGUCGUCAGCCACGGCGCGCCCCAGACGCGGCUGGGCUACCUCGAGCGGCCCGCGCUCGACUGGCGCGUGUCCAUCGUGCCCGUGCAGAAGCCGCGCAUCGCCGCGGAGCCCCAGCGCGCCGACGAC